CUUCUCUCUUUAAAAGGUUCACAACCAAACACAACUCAUCCCUUUUGAGUUAAAGCCUCUUCUUUUUUUUUCUUUUUCUUUUUUUUUUAGUUCCCUUUUCUCUCUGUGCGUGUUCGUUGUGAUUUUGCAAGGGCUGAGACCUGAAUAAAGAGGAAGUGACAGAGUGAAAUUGAUGGCAGUGAGUGUGAAAAACCCACUGACAGAGAAAGCAAAGUUUUGAGGCUUUCAAUUUAAUUACAUGGUGAUGAUGGGGUUUCUUUUUCAUGGGGAGGUGUAAAACAAUUUUUAUGUCCGUGUCUUUCUGAAACACCUUGAGAGUAUAAAAAUACACGGUUCUUUUUGUUGUAAAUGGCAGUGCUCUUGUUCACUUCUGUCCUUGAUCACAUGGUUUGCAUGCAAAUUGCUAUGAUGGGAAUUGUUUUUUGUUAACUUCAUGAAGGAACAAGGGGAAGAGGAAGCCCAAUCUUUAUUUCUUAGUUGUUUUCUUAAUGCUAAGCAUAUGGAGGCUACAGAGAUCUAGCAGGCUUUUCAGUUUUUUGAUAGAGAGUGAACUUUCUUUUUUUGUUUUUUGUUUUCAAAUACUGGGUUUUUUGUCUUUUUUUAUGAAGCUAAGUGCAUUACAGUAGCGCUUUUCUAGGAAAAAAAAUAGAACUUUUUGCUUCUAACCUUUGAGACAGUCACCUGCAGCAACUCAUGGUGAUUUCUGAGUAAAUUUAAAUUACGCUUAUUUAGUACAGGCAGUGAGAAAUCAGAAUUUUAUUAUAUUUGGCUAAGGAGUAUAUGAGAAUAUAGAGUUAUGCUGAGAAAUAGAUCAAGAGCAGUGACCAGCAAGCAAUCUUUAAUGUCUGAUCACAGCUCUCAAUCAUCACCAUCCCAGAAACGCACAAGACCUAUUCCAUCUUUCUUUGGUUCACCAAGAUUCAAAGCUCUAAUAGCAAAGGGUCUCUCAGAAACUGAAGCUACGAUGAGUCCAACCUCAAUUCUUGAAACACCACCAUUCUCUCCUUUUGGAAGUCCUUUCUCUUAUGAGAGAAACCAGCCUAAAUCCCCAAAAGUUGUCUUAGAAAAAAAACACUCAUGGGACAAAAUGGACUCCAAAGGCAUUGGCCUUGCUCUUAUAGAUACUCUAAAUGAUGGAAGUAUUGAAGAGAAUUGUUCUAAACCAAGCAAUGGAAAGGUUCUCUUUGGUACAAAGCUUAGAGUUCAAAUCCCUCCCCUGCCAGCCUCUACAGUUUCUCCAACUGUUGAGUCUCCAAAAUCUCCAGCUGAUCUUGGAAUCAAGACCAGAAAUUCACAAAUAUCAGCAUUUGGUCCUGCCAGUUCUGGCAUCCAAACAAAGGAGUCUCCAAGAGUGGUCACAGCUGGUAGUCUCUCUGUGACCGAGAUGGAGCUUUCUGAGGAUUACACAUGUGUGAUAUCUCAUGGGCCAAAUCCAAAAACCACUCAUAUAUUUGACAACUGCAUUGUGGAGACCUACUGUUCCUUACCAGAUGAACCAAACUCUAUGUUGGAGAAUUUCCUCAGCUUCUGUUACACUUGCAAGAAGAAUCUUGAACAGACUAAAGACAUUUACAUUUACAGGGGUGAGAAAGCCUUUUGCAGCCGGAAGUGCCGGUAUCAAGAAAUGCUGUUAGAUGGAGUGGAGAAUUCUGAAUUUGAUGAUGCCCAUAAAGAAUUUUCUUGAUAAACAGUCUAUCCUUCAUUGCUCUCCAAAAGCCUGUAUUUUGAGAAAGAUAUUGUCAAUUUUCCCAUUCUUGAUUAUGGUCACAUGAGGAUUAUUGAUUUUAGGGACAAAAACUGCUAGAUCAGAAUAGAGAUAAGAGAGGAUGAGAUAUUAUAGAGUUGAUUUUGCUCAAGUGAUGGCUAAAAAUUUGAUUGCUUCUAGGCUUUUCCCACUGUUUUUGACUUGGAGUAGAUGAUGAUGUGUGAUUGAAAACUUGGGUUAUCUUUUUUUUA